UGACGUUGUACGGACAACCGUACGAGUUUUCGAAAUUUGAUUCAAAAUUCUUGAAAUUCCUCAAAGAUACGAGCGACGAUCUUCUCAAACGAUGGCUGCCAAGAAUCUGCAACAUUUUGCUUGCAGCUUCGAAGAAGGGUAAUUUGCCACCGGUGAAUAAACCGCAAUAUAAUAGAUUCUUCAAUUGCCUUGCCUACGUCAUGGAAGAUCAAUUGCGAGACUUGUGCUUGCGUUCGAUGGAAGAUUAUAUCGACUAUCUUAUGGACGUCGGUCAUACAAAUUGUGGCUUUAAAAUAAACGUUGUGGUAAGGAACACAUCUGUCAUUUUUGAUCCCACGUUCAAAGCAUUUGCAAAUGGACUUUCAAUGUUGCUGAAUUCUCUUUACGACGCUGUGACAACAUUACCACGAGCGGAGAUACAACUUGGAUGGCUUUCCCCAGAUAGUAGUUUCCCUGAAUUGCUUAAGCCAGUAAUUUCAUCGGAUCUUCUAGAGCAACAUGUAAACGUCAUUACAAAUUUAAUUGAACAAUACAAAACUGGCCCGGAAAUGCAAUUGCACGAGUUCGAUAAAUAUAUAAGUUUGAUAAAAGAUGUGGAUGUUAAUUACGUUCGGGAUUUUUUGGACGCCCAGCCACCCAAUCCGUUCCAGAAAUAUUGCGAACUCGUUGAUUAUUAUGAUCGAUUGAGCAAAAAUAUUCCGCUCGAGUUUCGUUGGACAGCUUUUACUGAACUCUUUGAAGUUCGCAGACAUCAUACUAUAGAAUAUCUCGUUUCUACAGCUGCUCACCUUAAAGACAAAUUAAUUUCAAAAAUGGUCGCUGAUUAUCAACAUAAAGUUCGACUUAUAGGAGAUGAUUAUCAAAAUAUAGCCGAUCAAGCAUUGAGUAUACCACCCAAUACGUCAGAACUCAUGAAACUUCAGACUUUUAUAUAUAAAUCUGAAACGGAGACUGUUUUUCAGCUAGAGGCUCGAUUGGCAGAAGUAAUGAAAUAUAUAAUAUUUUUAUCAGAUUAUCAUCACUUAACGCCGGUCGAGUUGAAGAACAAUAAUUUUGCUUUCCAAUGGUAUCAUACAAUGCCUGAAAUUUUCGGAAAACACCGAGAGAUAGUUGCAAGCAAAACGGGCGAGUAUCAAGCAACACUGAAAGCUAGAAUUGAAAAAUUUGAACAGGAUCUUCAGCUUUAUGCAAAAUACUGUAACGAAUUGCAAUAUUGGGGCAAUAUCGAGGAGAUACAACGAUACAAGAAGAAAGCUGCGAGUCUCAGUCAAAAAUUAAUUGCUGCUAUGGACACAAUUGCAGAAUUCAACGACGAGGAAAAAUUAUUUGGUUGGGAGAUAUCACAGUAUCCCUUAAGAAAAAAGAUAGACGAUCAAUUGGCACCCUAUAAAAAAUUCUAUGACAACGCCUGUGAUUUUUUGACUAACUACGAGAAUUGGACCGAAGCUAUGAUAGGCUCAUACGAUCCCGAUGUGAUCGAGACCGAAACCGGCGUUGCGUAUCGCAUAAUCUAUAAAUUGGAAAAGGCUUUUCAAGAACCUGCAGUGAGGAAAUUAGCAGAAAUUGUAAGAAUAAAAAUCGAAGAUUUUAAAGAGCAUAUGCCGGUGAUACUGACCCUUGGGAAUCCCUCCCUGAAAAGUCGUCAUUGGGAACAGGUUUCGGAAAUUGUUGGGUUUCCGAUAAAAGUCGAUCAAUACAUGACGUUGGCCAAGAUUCUCGACUACGGUCUAGGCGACUACGUUGCGAAAUUUGAUGCGAUAUCCGAGGCGGCUACUAAAGAGGGUAAUUUGGAGAAGGCUUUAUUCAGAAUGUAUUCCGAUUGGGCGGACAUUGCGUUUACUGUCAAUCUUUAUCGCGACACCGGCACAUACGUCAUUGCUAGUGUGGAAGAAAUACAACUGUUGCUCGACGAUCAUCUAACAAAAGCUCAAACUAUGAAGAAUUCUCUUUAUAUAAAACCUUUCGAGAAAGAAACCCUAGAAUGGGAAGCCAAGUUGCUCUUGCUACAAGAUAUUAUGGAUUAUUGGCUCAAGGUCCAAGCGACGUGGAUGUAUCUUGAACCGAUCUUCACGUCGCCCGAUAUACAGCAACAAAUGCCAGAGGAGAGUCGACGAUUUACCGCCGUAGAUAAAAUCUGGAGGGAACUUAUGACAAUCGUCGCGGUUAAUCCUGCAGUCAUGGUCGUCGUCAAUAUCGAUAAGAUGCUGGAUCGCUUGAAAAAAUGUACCUACUUACUUGAAUUGGUACAAAAAGGAUUAGCUGCUUAUUUAGAAAAGAAGAGGCUCUUCUUCCCGCGAUUCUUCUUCCUCUCUAACGACGAACUUUUGGAAAUUUUGUCCGAGACAAAGGAUCCCACGCGAGUACAGCCGCAUUUGAAAAAAUGUUUCGAGGGCAUCGCAAAAUUGAGUUUUACCGAUGUCAUGGAGGCCACAGCUAUGAUGUCGUCAGAAGAGGAAAUAAUUAUUCUCGAGGACAUAAUCGAUACGACUGCUGCGCGAGGACAAGUGGAAAAGUGGCUCCUCGAGCUUGAAACUGAUAUGAAAAAAAGCGUAAAAGCUCAGGUGAUACGAGCCAAAAAUGCUUUCCCGACUAAAGCUAGGAGUCAAUGGGCUCUGGAAUGGCCGGGGCAGACCGUUCUCUGCGUUAGCAAACUGUACUGGACGACAGAUGUUACCGAUAAGCUUCCGAAGGGCUCCGAAAGUUUAAGAAAUUACGUAGAAACGUGCACAUAUGAAAUUAAUGAAAUCGUCAAGCUCGUUCGCGGUAAACUAUCAACGCAAAAUCGAACGACUUUGGAAGCUUUAAUAACGCUGGACGUUCACAGUCGUGAUGUGUUGAUGCAGCUAUGCGAGCAAGAUGUGAAUCAAGUUACGGACUUCAAGUGGCUUUGCCAAUUGAGAUAUUAUUGGAUGGACGAGAACUUGUAUACGAUGAUGAUAAAUUCCACGUUGAGCUAUGCAUACGAGUAUCUAGGCAAUACGUCGCGAUUAGUGAUAACGCCACUCACCGAUCGGUGCUAUCGCACCUUGUUCGGUGCCCUCAGUCAGCACCUCGGUGGUGCUCCGGAGGGACCAGCUGGGACAGGGAAGACCGAGACUACCAAAGACUUGGCAAAGGCAGUUGCCAAGCAAUGCGUCGUGUUCAACUGUUCGGAAGGAUUAGAUUAUAUCGCUCUAGGCAAAUUUUUCAAAGGAUUAGCUAGCACGGGUGCAUGGUCCUGUUUUGACGAGUUCAACCGCAUUGAUCUGGAAGUCCUGUCGGUAGUGGCGCAGCAGAUACUGACUAUUCAACGAGCUAUACAGGCGGGGAAGAAGCAUUUGAUAUUCGAGGGAACAGAAUUGGAACUAGAUCGUACUUGUGCGGUAUUCAUCACGAUGAAUCCGGGAUACGCUGGCAGAACGGAAUUGCCAGACAAUCUGAAAGCUUUGUUCCGAUCGGUGGCUAUGAUGGUGCCGGAUUACGCCUUAAUAGCGGAAAACAUUCUGUACUCAUAUGGAUUCUACAAUGCAAGACCUCUGUCUGUUAAAAUAGUUAUGGCUUAUAAAUUAUGCUCGGAACAAUUGUCCAGUCAGAAUCAUUACGACUACGGUAUGCGAGCGGUAAAGUCUGUCUUAAUAGCGGCCGGACACUUGAAAUUGAAAUAUCCGGAAGAAAACGAGGACAUUUUAAUCCUGCGUAGUAUCAAGGACGUGAAUUUGCCCAAGUUCCUCAGCGAAGAUAUACCGCUAUUUCACGGUAUUGUCUCCGAUCUUUUCCCAAACGUGCAACUUCCUGAGCCGGACUAUGUGCACUUAAACACGUCCGCAUAUAAAGCCUGCGCCGCUGCGAACAUCCAGUGCGUGCCGGUGUUUCUAGAGAAGAUCCAGCAAAUAUACGAGAUGAUGCUGGUCAGACAUGGGUUCAUGAUUGUCGGACAUCCCUUCGCCGGUAAGACUACGGCCUACAAGAUGCUAGCUGACGCACUCGAAAUUUGUGAAGAAAACAAUUUAAUAAACGAGCGCAAGGUGGAGAUUACGGUGAUCAACCCGAAGGCGAUAACUCUGGGACAGUUGUACGGGCAAUUCGAUCCAGCGUCUCACGAAUGGAACGACGGUAUUCUGGCCAUUAGCUAUCGAGCUUUUGCAACUUCGACAAACGACAACCGAAAGUGGCUGGUUUUCGAUGGACCGAUAGACGCGAUAUGGAUAGAGAGUAUGAACACUGUUCUUGACGACAACAAAAAAUUAUGUCUGAUGAGCGGAGAAAUUAUUCUGUUGGCGCCGACGACUAAUUUGAUAUUCGAGGCGUUAGAUCUGGAAGCAGCUUCACCGGCCACUGUAUCUCGUUGCGGUAUGAUUUAUAUGGAACCUACGGCGUUAGGAUGGGAGCCCUUAUUAAAUUCUUGGCUAGCCAAAUUGCCAGAAGUUAUAGACGAAUGGCUACGAGUCUUCCUGUACGAAUCGCUGUUUCUUAGAUUUUGUAAACCUCUUUUUCAUUUCUUACGUCGACGCAAUGUAAAGGAAAUAUGUCCGAUGCCCGAUUCAAAUCUCUUACGGUCCGUCACUUAUUUCAUGGAUUGUUUUUUAGAUGACUAUUAUAAUGAAGAAAUAGUAAAAAACAUAAGUGAACUUGAUCUUCGAGCACAGAUAGAAGGUUCAUUUUUCUUUUCGUGCAUCUGGGCGAUGGGAGGCACGUUGGAAGCCAAAUACAGAGAAUCCUUUAGCAUUUUAUUCUGUGGACUUUUGGAAAAGGAAUUUCCACUUGUACUGAUGAACAUAUAUCAAUUACAAGAACCGAUUCCGCCGCCUUUAAAACCCUACAUAUUUAUUAUGCCGAAGCACAAUCUAGUAUUUGAUUACAGGUUUAUUAAAGAGGGCAAAGGAAAGUGGAAAUUAUGGUCGGAUGAGCUAAUGACGGCGCCGCCGAUUCCCCGCGAUAUUCCCGUCAAUCAAAUAAUCGUGCCAACCGUAGAAACGAUACGGUACACGGCGCUCUUUCAAAUGCUGGUGCAACACGAGAAGCCGGUGCUCUUUGUAGGGCCGACAGGCACCGGAAAAUCGGUGUACAUAAUCGACUUCCUGUUAAAGAAGAACAACGCCGCGGUGAAUAAGCCGUUACUGAUUAGUUUUUCCGCGCAAACCACUGCUAAUCAGACGCAAGAUAUUAUUAUGAGCAAAUUAGAUCGCAGGCGUAAGGGCGUUUAUGGUCCUCCUAUAGGUAAACGAUGGAUCGUUUUCGUGGAUGACGUCUCGAUGCCGAUGAAAGAAACGUUUGGAGCGCAACCGCCCAUAGAAUUAUUGCGGCAAUGGUUGGAUCACUGGCAAUGGUACGAUAGAAAAGAGGGAACGUUAAUAAAAUUGAUCGAGAUCCAACUAAUGUGUGCGAUGUCUCCGCCAAUCGCCGGCAAAGAUGUUACUUCGCGAUUCAAACGACACUUCGUUGUUCUGGGAAUAUCUGAAUUCGAGGACAAUGUUAUGAUCACGAUAUUUAGCAGGAUUGUUUUAUGGCAUCUCGAUACGAGGGGUUUUAGCAAAGAAUUUGAUCCAUGCAUUGAUCAAAUUGUUUUAGCAACAUUAGACAUUUAUAAAGAGAGCUUGCGCAAUCUGCUACCGACACCUGCGAAAUCACAUUACAUGUUUAAUCUUCGAGAUUUUUCUAGAGUUAUCCAGGGUGUACUUUUAUCAGUUCCGGAAACUAUGCCUGCACUCUCAAAUAUGAAGCGCUUAUGGGUUCACGAGAUACUUCGUGUAUUUGGUGAUCGUUUAAUCGACGAAAUCGACAUUAGUUGGCUGAUACAGCAAACGAGCGUGACGUUAAACAAUCGUAUGGAAGUCUCAUUGGAUGAUCUCUUCAAAGAUUUGCUUCCAGCUAAACAAUAUAUAAGAAGAAUCACCAUAAACGAAUUGCGAAAUUUGAUAUAUUGCGAUUUUACCGACGCCAAGGUGGACAUUCGCUUGUAUCAAGAAGUUAGCGAUUUAGAACAAUUGCGGGAGAUCGUGGAAACUUAUCUUUCUGAGUAUAAUUCGAUGACGAAGAAGCCUAUGAAUCUGGUAUUGUUCCGGUUCGCGAUCGAGCAUCUGUCGAGGAUAGCUCGCAUCAUCAAACAACCACGAAGUCAUGCUCUUCUCGUCGGAGUUGGUGGAUCUGGAAGACAGUCUUUAACCAGAUUGGCAUCGCACAUCUGCGACUACGACGUGUUUCAGGUCGAACUUACGCAACAAUACGGUCAGCACGAAUGGUACGAGGAUAUUAAAGCUAUUUUGAGGAAAGUCACCGCUACCGAAUUGCAUUCGACUUUUCUCUUCAGCGACACGCAGAUUAAGGAAGAAAACUUCUUGGAAGAUAUCAGCAAUAUGCUUAAUUCAGGAGAAGUACCUAAUAUAUUCACGGCUGAAGAGAAGAUUGAGAUAUGCGAGAAAAUGAAACAGAUCGAUCGACAACGGGAACGGGCGUUACAGACAGAUGGUAGCCCUGCGGCGCUUUUUAAUCUAUUUGUGCAAAUCUGUCGCGAUCAACUACAUAUCGUUGUCACCAUGUCUCCCAUUGGCGACGCAUUUAGAAAUCGAAUUAGGAAAUUCCCGGCUUUAGUUAACUGUUGCACCAUAGAUUGGCUUCAGCCUUGGCCUGAAGAUGCGUUAUUGGCUGUCGCGACAAAAUUCUUGGCUAAGGUCGAACUCACUGAUCACGAAAGAAAAGUCGGCAUUGACAUGUGUCAAAUCUUCCACGUAUCCACACAAAAAUUAAGUGACGAAUUCUGGUUUCGUUUGAAGAGACGCAAUUAUGUAACGCCUACAUCUUAUCUCGAAAUGAUCAAGACUUUUCAGAGCUUACUCGAUAAAAAGCGUGGAGAAGUGCUGCACGCUAAGGCUCGAUACGAGGGUGGACUAGGACAAUUGGAUAGCACGCAGCAUCAAGUCACAGAAAUGCAGAAUACGUUAAAGCUAUUGCAACCAAAAUUGAUCGCGGCCACGCAGGAUAUUCAGCGAAUGGUGGCUAAUAUAGAAAAGGAAAGUCAGGAAGUCGCGGAGUUUGAGAAGGUAGUCAAAGUCGACGAAGCCGCGGCUGAAAUAGUCGCAAAUGAAGCAGAUGUGAUAAGAGCCGAAUGCGAUGCUGAUUUGGCCGAAGCUAUGCCUAUCUUGAAUCGAGCCCAACAAGCGUUGGAUACGUUAACAUUAGCAGAUAUUGCGAUUGUUAAAGCAAUGAAGCAUCCACCAUAUAGCGUGAAGCUUAUUGUGGAGAGCGUUUGCGUCCUUAAGCAAAUAAAACCAGAAAAAGUGCAGAAGGACGGUGUUUAUGUUGAUGAUUAUUGGAAGGCCGCCUUGAGAAUGCUCAGCGAUACUAAAUUUUUAGACUCGUUACUUCAUUUUGAUAAGGACAACAUACCGGACAAGGUGAUAGAAACGAUACGAAAGGAGUAUCUGACCAAUCCGGACUUCGAUCCGGAGAAGAUCAAAAAGGUGUCAACGGCUUGCGAAGGAUUGUGCCGCUGGGUUAUCGCAAUGUCCGAGUAUGACAUAAUCGCGAAAAUCGUUGGCCCUAAGAAACGAGCCCUGGCGCAAGCUGAAGCUGUUUAUCAUAAUGCCAUAGAAAAGUUAAACAUGAAGAGAGAACAAUUGCGUCAAGUGCAGGUACGCAUUGCAAAUAUCAAUAAAAUUCUAAGCAAAAGGAAACUGGAGUUUCAAGUGAUGUCGGAUCAGGUGGCGGACUGUGAGAUGAAAUUAAAGCGGGCUGAGGAUCUCAUCGGGGGAUUAGGUGGAGAAUACGCACGUUGGUCCCAAAGUGCAGAGACAUUAGGCAACACAUAUUAUCGGCUAACGGGAGACGUGCUAAUUGCUUCCGGCGUAGUGGCUUACUUAGGUCCGUUCACCAUGCCAUUUCGUGUGCAGCAGAUAAGCGAGUGGGUACAAUUGUGCUCAAAUAGGCAAGUGAUUUGUAGCCACGAUUUCCACCUGCGCGAUGUACUCGGCGACCCGGUUUUGAUCAGAUCGUGGAACAUCGCCGGCUUGCCCGCCGACGCAUUCUCUAUCGACAACGGAAUCAUCGUUAUAAAUGCCAGAAGAUGGCCGCUGAUGAUAGAUCCGCAAGGCCAAGCUAAUAAAUGGAUAAGAAACAUGGAGAAAACGAACAAUAUAAGCAUUAUUCGAUUGAGCCAACUUGAUUAUGUGAGGGUCUUGGAAAACGCGAUACAAUUUGGACAACCGGUACUGUUGGAAAACAUACAAGAGGAAUUAGACGCCGUUCUUGAGCCGAUACUUCUGAAACAGACGUUCAAGCAAGCUGGUGCAUUAUGUAUAAAAUUGGGCGACACUGUAGUAGAAUACAAUACUAAUUUUAGACUUUACAUCACGACAAAGUUAAGGAAUCCUCAUUAUUUGCCGGAAAUAGCUGUAAGAGUAACUAUGCUGAAUUUUAUGAUAACGCCGAGCGGUCUGGAAGAUCAGUUGCUCGGUAUUGUAGUAGCGAGAGAAAGACCUGACUUGGAAUCGGAAAAGAAUGUUUUGAUUGUGCAAAGUGCCGAGAACAAAAAGAUGUUGAAGGAGACGGAAGAUAAAAUUCUGGAGGUACUUUCUGCGGCGAAAGGUAACAUUUUGGAGGACGAGGAGGCUAUUGACGUUUUAAUGAUGUCUAAGAAUUUAUCCGACGAUAUUCAAGUGAAGCAAGCGGCCACGGAAAUUACAGAAAAAUCGAUCGACACUGCAAGAUUACAAUAUCAACCCAUCGCGGCCUACUCGACUAUACUCUUCUUCACGAUAGCAUCUCUAACUAAUAUAGAUCCAAUGUAUCAAUAUUCAUUGAUGUGGUUUGUGAAUCUCUUUAAUUUGGCUAUCGAUAAUACGGAACCAACCGAUAAAAUCGAACAACGUUUGAAGGACCUGACUAAAUACUUCACAUAUUCCCUUUACGUUAACAUCUGCAGAUCACUAUUUGAAAAAGAUAAAUUAUUGUUCACGCUGCUUCUCGUUUACAAUCUGCGCGACGAGAGCGACACGCCGAAAAGUGCAGGCCAGUGGUUGUUUUUGUUAACCGGUGGAAUAGGUUUGGAGAACCCGUACGCUAAUCCCGCCGAGUGGCUGCUCGUCAAGUAUUGGGAUCAAUUGUGCAGGCUGGAGAGCGUCAAAGGAUUCGAAGGCAUCCGAGAAUCAUUCGCCAACGCUGUCGGCGAUUGGAAAAAGAUAUUCGAUUCGAGAGAACCGCAGCGAGAACUUUUCCCAGCGCCAUACGACAGCUUAAAUUUAUUCGAACGAUUAUUAAUUCUGCGAUGUAUCCGUCCCGAUAAAAUUAUCCCAGCAGUGCAAUUGCUCGUGGAAGAACGAUUGGGCACGCAAUAUGUGGAAGCACCACCUUUCGACUUGGCCUCCUCUUUCGCGGAUUCCAACUGUUGUAUUCCAUUAAUAUUUAUCUUGACUCCCGGUGCCGAUCCGGGACAAACUUUGUUGGCGUUUGCCGACGAGCAAGGCUACGGUGCCAAACGUCUCUUUUAUUUAUCACUCGGCCAAGGUCAAGGACCAAUAGCGGAAGGAUUGAUACAGGACGGUGUAUCGCAUGGUAACUGGGUAGUAUUACAAAACUGUCACCUGGCCAAAAGCUGGAUGCCGACUUUGGAGAAGAUAUGCGAGGGUCUGAUACCCGAUACGAUUCACCCUGACUUCCGAUUAUGGUUGACUAGUUAUCCAGCAGAACACUUUCCCAUAUCAGUUCUCCAGAACGGUAUUAAAAUUACGAACGAGCCACCUAAAGGACUCAGGGCUAACAUUUUGAAAUCUUACGCAACUGAUCCGAUCAGUAAUCUGGAGUUCUUUGAGGGUUGCGUUCAAAGCGAGUACUUUAAGAAGUUUUUGUACUCGUUAUGCUUCUUCCAUGCUAUCGUACAAGAGAGACGGAAGUUCGGCCCGAUCGGCUGGAACAUUCCAUAUGAAUUCAACGAGACCGAUCUGAGAAUCAGUGCUUUACAAUUGAAAAUGUUCCUGGACGAUUACGAGGAUGUGCAGUACGAGGCUUUGAUGUACCUCACGGGUGAAUGCAAUUACGGAGGCAGAGUUACAGACGAAUGGGACCGUCGGACAUUGAACACUAUUCUGUCAAAGUUCUAUUGUCCGAAACUGUUGGCCGAUGAAAUAUAUUACUUUGACGCAUCGUCUACCAUUUAUUAUUGUCCGAUUGCCAGAGAAUACGAAGCAUAUAUCGCAUACACGAGAAAACUUCCAAUAAUUACAGAACCAAGUGUAUUUGGCAUGAAUGAAAAUGCCGACAUUCUUAAAGAUCAGCGAGAAACAGAUCUACUAUUCUCUUCAUUGCUACUUACUCAGGAUCGAACGGAUCUUUGGAAAAUUAAGGAAACUGUUAAAGUAGGCGUGGGACAAACCUCUGACGAUGAGAUAGUUUAUGAUGUCGCAACAGAAAUCUUGGACAAGCUUCCAAACGAUUAUAAUCUCGAUGCGGCACUUAUUAAAUAUCCUACGUUAUACAGUCAAAGCAUGAACACUGUAUUAGUGCAAGAGAUGGAUAGAUUUAACAAAUUAUUACGCUGCAUCAAGAGUAGUCUUAUUAAUGUUCAAAAAGCUAUCAGAGGUUUGAUUAUAAUGUCCUUUGAGCUUGAAAAUAUUUACGAAGCAAUCUUGAGAAAUAAGUUACCUCUUUUGUGGAAAGCAAAUUCUUACCCCUCUUUAAAACCCUUGGGUAGUUACAUCAGUGACUUUUUACAACGUUUAACAUUUUUACAGAAAUGGUAUGAGGAAGGACCACCUGUUACAUUCUGGUUACCUGGAUUUUAUUUUACGCAAGCAUUUCUAACUGGGAUAUUGCAAAAUUAUGCGCGAAAAUAUCAGAUUCCUAUAGAUCUUCUCACGUUUGAUUUCGAAGUCUUGAAAGAAACUGUCUUCACGGUCGCGCCCGAGGAUGGCAUUUACAUUUAUGGGUUAUUUUUGGACGGCGCAAGAUUCGAUAUAAAGAAAAUGUGUGUAGAAGAGAGCUAUCCCAAAGUGCUUUAUGACAACGUUCCAUUUCUGUUGCUGAUACCAAAGAAGAAGCAGGAUAUCAAAGAAAGACUAUCGUAUAUUUGCCCACUGUAUAAAACUAGUGAACGUCGAGGAGUAUUAUCCACCACCGGCCACUCCACGAAUUUCGUUAUAGCCAUAUGGUUGCCCACGGUGAAGCCACCCGAACAUUGGAUUAUAAGAGGAGCGGCUAUGCUUUGUCAACUCAGUGAAUAAAAUAAUGAACGUAA